AAAAGCAGCCGAAUCCGAUAAUCAGUGCGUUUAAUCGUAAAAUUUCGUAAUUUGAGGCAAGAUACGACACCAAAAAUAGCGAAAAACUUGAACCAGCGAUGUCGAGAUAGAUAAAAACCGGAAAUAUUAUCGUAAAAUUGCGGUUUCUUGCCAUAAUUGGAACAUUCGGGUGGCGAUAAGACGACGUGCAGCUGUGGCAGUCAUCUUUUUUGAUCCUUCUGAAUAAUUUUUUGUGUGACGUCUCUGCGUGUUUGUGUCGAAAAUGACCUCGAUCGUGGAAAUGGUGCGUCACUACCAGCGCAGCAUCGAAAAAUCUCUGGAAAAUCCGGCACGCUUGCUGCAUUGCGUGGAAAAAUUGAACAAAUUACCGAUCACGGUGGAGCAUUUGCAGGAAACGGGCGUCGGAAAGACCGUAAAUAACCUCCGGAAGUACGACGGCGAAGUGGGAUAUGCCUCCAAAGCGUUGGUAAGCAAAUGGAAGACGAUGGUAGCGAAGGAGGAGGCGGAAAAUGACUCGCCCGACGAAGAAGAGGCGUCUCAAGAGCAAGAUGAGAGUCAUGCCGAUGACGACGACGAUCACGAAGACGAGCCGGAUGACGACGAGGAGGAAAAUCAGCUGCAAAUCGACGAAACAGAGAACAUUGAACCGCCUGCCGAGUCCUCGUCGGAAGAAAUUGCCGAAAAAUCCAACCACGAAAGCCAUCACAAAAAAUCCUCAAAGCACUCAAGUGAUAGAAAACACAAACAUCAUACCUCUUCCUCCUCAUCGCACUCAAAAACGGACAAAAAACACAAGGAAUCGUCGAAAAGUCGGCAUAAGGACAAGGAAUCAUCGCGUCAUGAAAGUCGCAAGUCCGAAAAAUCAUCAAAAAGCUCCUCCAGCUCCGAUACCAAAUCCCACAAACAUCACAAGGACAGCGAAAAACACGAAAAAUCCAGUCAUCAUCAUCAAAGUAGCAGCAAAAGUGAUAAAAAAUCCUCCUCAGACCCGAAUUCGAGCAAAGAAAAGAAGCAAGAAUCGUCGCGCGACACCAAAAAAGAUCCCAAAACUCACGAAAAUCACGAAAGUGAACGCAAAAAGUCCUCCAAGAAGGACAAAGAUCGCGAUCGUGACCGCGACGAUAAAGACGCAAAGAAACGAAAACGCGAAAACAACGAAUUUCAAAUUGAUUCGACGAUGGGUGCGAGUUUCGCGGAUGCUCUUGGCAUGUUAGAUAUGCCUUCCUCCUCAAAAACGGCAAAAAAAUUGGAAAAAGCAUCGACUUCGGCGCCCCAACCCACGAGUAGCUCCAAAAAAUCCUCAUCUCACAGCAGCAGCUCGUCAGCGUCGGUGCCAGCGCCGGUCAGCACGAAAAAAUUGAUGGCAGAACCGGAAGCGCUGAGUAAACGUCCGCGAUUGGAGCCAUUGUUGGAUAUUGUGGCGGAUAUUCCGGCGCCUACGUUCACGAUUUCCAAUAAUUAUAAGCCGAUGCCGUUGAAUCAGACCGUCAUGGAUUGCGUUUUUAGUCAGCAAUCGGCGAAGCCCACGAAACAAAUGACGGAUGAGGAGGCACUUACGUAUAGUAUCAUGUCGAAUAAGAGUCGCACAAAGGUAUUUUCCGGGAAUAAGGCGAACGCGAGAGGGAAAGUUGAUACGUUGUUCGAUUUGUGUAUCAGAGUUUUGCAGGAUCAUAUUGAUUAUUUGGAGUACACGGGUGGCGUUCCCUUCGACAUAUUGCGUCCCGUGCUUGAACGUUGCAGCUACGAGCAACUUAUGACGUUGGAAGACUACAAUCCGUACCUGAUUGAAGACUCGGAUGUGUUGUGGGAGCAGCAUUGCAAGAGACGAUUCCGCGGUAAAUGUCCUGAGGAGAUGGAAUCUUGGCGAGAAAUGUUUUUGCGAUGUUUGGAUGAGGAACAAGCAAAAUUCAAGAAUUUAACGGCAAACAUCAAGCUGGCACGCGACAAAAAGCUUCCCGUGCGCAAAACGAAACUUGCCUAUGUCGAUACAACUGUGAAAGCACCGCGCGGCAUAAAAUCGCGCCAAAUGAAAUACGGCACCGAUACUUUGCCGAAUGUGACGCCAGCUGCGCGUGUCGAGUCGCUGCGAAACAUUGGCGGGAAUGCAGCGAGCAUUGGAGAUAGGAGACUUAAAAUUGCAGCUGAAUUGAGGAAUUCCAUUCCGACACAUGGACCUCGAAUCAAUCCAAACAAGAAGGCACCUCUUAUGGCAAAAACACUUAUUUCGAUGAAAAAGGUCUUUAAGCGAUAGGAAAGUAGAGAAUUAGGAGACCACAGUUACACACAGACUAAGUGACAUAUACCUACCAAGAUGACGGACAGAUACCAAUUCUAUUGUAUAUUUUACUCAUUUUUCGCAUAAUUUUAAUGGAAUACCAAGUUGACUAUUUGUUGUUUUAUUUUAUUUUGACACAAGCAUGUUGUAUUUAUAGAAAAUAAAUAAAAAAAAUGAUAAAAUUU